AUGAAGAUUUGUUUGGUGAUCUUCGCGGUUCUGUCCUUAUCGCAAGGUAAAACAAGUGAAUUAUGUAUUGCAUUUAACUAUUUUAUUGGUCAAAAGUUUAAUAAAUAUGUACAAAUGCAUAUUGCCAGAUAACCAAUCGGCAAAGGCCCAAGAACGUGACUCAAGUACGCAUGCUCCUCGCCUUCCGUUAACAUAAAACGUUAAAAGUGACAUGAAUCAACAUAAGACUAUAUAACAAAUACGUAUAACGAGAAGGUAAUAGGCAACUCCAGCAUUUAACUUCUGCGCGCAGGGGGUGAUGGGAAGUAAGGUAUCAUGUUGCUGAUUAUGCUCAAAAAUUUCAAUAAGAACUGCCGAAAUAACCAAAAUAUUUCAAUAUUUACAAGUAUAAGCUAUCACUCCGUGUUUACGCGGGCACUAUUUUUAUUUUUUUCAGCAUAGUCCGCAACAUGAUACCUUACUUCCCAUCACCCCCUGCACACAUAAACUAAAAGCUGGAAUUGCCUAUUCUCAAUGGCGAGGACAGCCACGAGACAGUGUCCAUAUGCACGGCAUGUCUAUGUCAAAGGAAGCAUUGAAUAAAGUUAGAUAUCUUUGUUUGAGUAAUUUUAAUGAUGAGAUGUAUAGGAAAAGCCAUGUACAGUAUAUAUUUUACUGCAUGUAGAUAUCAUAUACUCAAGUUGAUAGAAGAAUAUUAACAGCUACACUUUCCAAUAAAUUUCAUUGGUUACUAAUUAUAAUUUUUUUUUUGGGGGGGGGGGGGAGAAUAGCGACCAGAUUAAGGUUUGUGUGAAUUGUGUCAAGACUCUAUUUAUAAAAUAGAGCCUGAUACUCACGCUAGUUGUUAUCCUGCGUCUGUGAUGACUAAUGUGUAAUCAUGUCAUUUGUAUGUUAGGCAAAGAUAAGGAUACGGUUUUAAAUAAUUUGCAUGCUUUCUCUGUUCCAGGAUUUCCUCGACCGUCUGUAAACAAAGACGACACAGGAAGCAGACGACAAGGUGUACACUAUGGAUACCCCGAGACUCCCGCAGAACCCUCCUAUACAUCCAAUCAAGCCACUACAUUUAGUCAAACUCCUUCAUUCUCUACCACCUUCUCUAAAUCAGAGGAAUCGGCAGCCGACUACCAGAAUACAGCCGCUGAUCAAAGCUCGACAUCAGCAUCGCCAUAUGCAGCCCCGAGUCAAACUGCUGACCGUCAGGCGGAAGCAUCGCAGGCUCAAAAUGCACAAAGUCAAACCCAGGCUGAUCAAAGCUCGGCUCAGAAAACAACGACAGCAUCGCCAUAUGCAUCCCAGAGUCAAACUGCUGACAACCAGGCAGCUAACUCGCAGGCUCAAAGUACACAAAGUCAAACCCAGGCUGAUCAAAGCUCGGCUCAGAAAACCACGACAGCGACACCGUAUGCAGCCCAGAGUCAAACUGCUGACAAUCAGGCAGCUAGCUCCCAGUCUCAAAGUACACAGACUCAAACCCAGGCUGAUCAAAGCUCGGCUCAGAAAACCACGACAGCGUCCCCGUAUGCAGCCCAGAGUCAAACUGCUGACAAUCAGGCAGCUACCUCGCAGGCUCAAAGUACUCAAAGUCAAACCCAGGCUGACCAAAGCUCGGCUCAGAAAACUACGACGGCGUCCCCGUAUGCGGAUUCACAAAGUCAGACCACCUCUAAUGCGCAAGCUCAAAAUACGCAGACUCAAACCCAAGCCUCAACGAGUCAGACACAAGAUUCACCAUCCACAGGGACUCAGAACUCUGCAUCUCAGAGUCCGGCACCCCAAACUUCGACCCAAGGAUCCACCUAUCAGACUUCAUCCUCCAAGGAAAGCUACCCCAAUACCCCUGCUAGCACAGCACAGUCAACUCAAAGUCAAUCAUCUCAAGACGCCACAAGCUCCACACAAGCAUCAACCCAAACCCCUCAAGGUCAAGACGCAUCCACCUCCUCAACCCAAUCCCCAACUCAGACUCAAAGCGCGCAAGAUUCAACCUCCAGCCAAUCAAAUGCCAACAAGCAAAACAACGAAUAUGUAAACCCUCCCCAACUUACAAUGCAGACCAGAGCAAUCCACAAUCAAGCACUUCGUCCCAGACCGCAACAGACUCAAAAUCUUCCAACAACCCACAAGGUUAUAACGCACCCGAUAACACCCAAUACAAAAUAGAGAACGUUACAUCGAAAACCGUGUCUGACUCCAAUCAGGCAAAUGCUUCGGCCCCAGUCUACCUCUCAUCCACCGGAACCGCGAACAUAGCGGACAGCAGUAACCCGGAUGACAACAAGAAAUCGGCUGCAGUGAGCAAAGAGACAACGGUCAACGGAAAUCACGCGACGACGUAUUUAGAGUUGCCCAAAAUUAUUCACAAGCCUGCAAUUGUAAAAUACCAAGUUCAGAUUGCGCCCAAAGUCAAGGGAGUUCCCAUCGAGCAAGAAAUAGCAAUUAUGCCUCCGGAGGGCACUAAAGGAGAACGAAAACCAUUGGUACUUUUGAAACAGGUCGUGUCGAAGCCUACGGAUGAGCGAAUACAAGUUAUUAUACCCAAGAGCGAAUCUGGUGCGGUUAAUUCACCAAAGGUCGAGGUCAAAGGUGGGCAUGUUGAUCAAGAAGCUUUGAACGGUAAAGGUCAAAAUCAGGAUCAAGGUCAGAGUCAGUACCAAGAUCAAGGUCAAUACCAACAAGGUCAAACUCAAGGUCAGUCUGAAAGUCAAUAUCAAGGUCAAACUCAAGAUCAGUCUCCAAGUCAAUACCAAGAUCAAGGCCAAACCCAAGAUCAGUCUAGUCAAUACCAAGGUCAGUACCAAGAUCAAAGUGAGAGGACCGUACAGCGACGCCAUGUUCACGCACCGUAA